UCAUGAGUCACAUCGCGUUAACACACAGAGUCCCCAAGUAGUAAUCUUUGCCACAAAUCGCACAGACAGCCAUCUAUAUCCCUCAAUCUCUCACUGACUGAAAAAAGACAACGGCCGGCCCUUUGACUGUGAGUGGUCAUGCCCACCCCCGUCCAUCGCUCGGCUGGCCACUGACUGAGUGUAUCCUACAGCGCAUCGGUAGCAAAAAGUGCCCGCACCAAAGUCGCCCCCCCCCACACACACACACGACCACCCGAGAGGGGCAUGCAUGGCACACAACACACAUGAGAAAGAAACCACACACACACACACACACACUCAGGCCGUUCCUCCACUUGGAGGCCCCAAACCCUGAGUGCGUGCCGUGCACAUGAGCAAACAGCACUGGCGGACACCUGCCUGCCCACCGAGACACACAUCACAUUCAGACGGCCGCCGCAAGAGAGGUGCCUCCACCUCCACCACCCAGCUGGUCAUCGUCAGCUGGCUGCAGUGGGUUGCCGAUCACCUCGGGCGCCACGCUGAUGGCGUAGCUGUCCUGCCGGUGACUGCCAGAGAGCCGCAGCACGCGAGCCAACGACAGGAGCCUCGCCGCGCCCCCGCUCCCACUCCCGUUGCCGAUGACCACCCGCCGCCGCUGCCGCCUCAAUCUUCUCUCUCGGCGCCUUCUCCUUCGCGCGCGUCGCAGCCAGCGAAUGCUGAAAAGCCCCCACACAAAGGCCGUCUGCUGCUGCUGUUGAUGGUGCUGAUGUUGUUGCUGCUGCUGCUGCUGCUGGUUGGCGGCUGUGGUCGCUGUCGAGAAGAGGGAGAGGGUCCUGAGAGGGUGUCUGCGACAUCGCCUGUGCACAAGGUAGCAGAACUCCCCCAUCGCCAUGGACACGCUGUCGAGGAACCGGUCGAUUCUGCUGCACGAGGCAGAGAGGUAGGGCCCCCGGGCAGGGAAGAACGAGUUGUCGCUGCCCUGACGCUCGUUGGUGAGCGAUGAUGAGCGGGCAGAGGGCGGGGCGAACCAUGAGGCGUCGGUGGGCGACGCGAGGGACUGGGCGAUGAACCAUGAGUGCAGGCAGCUGUAAAGGACCAGGAAGACCACCAUGAACGGCAGGGCCACUUGGCCGUACUUCCACCUCAACACACGCACGCACACCCACACACACGCAUCAACGUCUCCCUCUCUUCUCUCUCUCUCUCUCUCUCUGACUCUCUGUUUCUCACGUGAAAAAUGCCGCCGAAUACGCCGCGAGAAGCGAGACCCACCGUGCCGUCCACACUAGGCCGAACCCCGAGUUGAGCACGUGUGAGGAGUAGUGUUGCGUGCCGUCCCCGCUGCUGCCGCCCUCAUUCUUGAAGAACCUCUUGAGCCAGCACAGAGGGUAGAGCCGGGCGAUGUCGAGCUCGAUGUCCCAGAAGAGCAUGGCGCCCGUGUAGAAGAAGAAGUAGACCAGGUCGAAGGACUGACCCAGGUGGGCCGGCGUCAGGGUCAGACCUGACGAGACGAAUGAAAAAAGACAGCAACGAGAGCACACCCAUAUGCGUGUGUGUAUGUGCCAUGCCAGCCAGAAGUCCAAUCCAGGUUCCCUCACUCACCGAAUCGCGCAAUGGCGAAGUAGUGGAGAUACUCCAUCACAGCCAGGGCCGUCAGCAUCGUCAUCUCACGCGAACCACUGCCAGUGACAAAACCAGGCCACCCUCGCGUCAGCCGGAGGAACGAUACCCUUAGCCGCAGGGCGACCAACGACACGAAGGCGAUGGCGUACUGGAGGGCCAGGCGGGUGCUGCGCGGGGAGGGUGCGGGGGCGGCGCACUGGCCUUUGUGGAAGUCAGUGUAGGUGCAAUGGGGGGGCAGCCUCUGCGCGGUUAGCCAGAAGAUGGCCGUCAGCAUGUAGAGAACCAGGUGGCAAAGCGUCAGCCAUGAGCGGACCUGAGAGAGAGACAACACAAACCAACCAGCGAGUUUGAUGUGUGUGUGGCGCUCGUUGGAAUGCAUUGGUCUCUCAUGACACGCAGUCAGUCAGAUUCACUCACCAGUGGGAUCUUGGGCAGCCACUGCGGCACGGAAGGCGCAGUGCACCCCGCCACUCGGUCCCACUUGCGCGCCAUCCGCCGAGAGGCCAUCGCCACACUCACCAUCCCCCCCACGACAGCCACAAGCGCCGCACCAAACACACCAACCGCCACAAAGAGAAGCGCAUCAGCAGCCCACGGCGCCACGAGCAUCGCCAGCAGCACCACCAACCACACACCGGCACCCAGCCCCCUCAUCCCCAGCUGAAAGGCCCAUAUGUCAGUGCUGACCACCUUUUCCUGCAGGGCACCGCGGUCCUUGUGCAGGCACCUCCGCUUCAGCCUGGAUAUGUGGUCCGUCCACAGUAUCUGAAACAUGGCCGGGGCGUCCUCGAGGGAUCUGGUGAGCUGCCUGAGCUGCGGGGUGCACUGGGACAGACGCAGCAGGUCCAGUGGCGCACAAAACCGCAGCAAGGUCUCCUUCAGCCCCUCCGUCUGGACGACGCCCUCGAAGUUCACGUCGCUGUCGCUGUCGCUGCGGCUGUUGGCAGAUGGGGGCUGUGCCGCAGCCUGUGCGUCCUGUGGUUGGGGUGCAUUCGCCGUCAGUGCAUGCUGCUGUGCGGAUGGCUGUGACAUCGGUGUGCCUGUCGGACGGAGGCCCCUCAUGCUGACGCGGCAGAAGUAAGACGAGCGACGGAGCCCAGUGCGGAUGCGCGCGCGCGAAGAUGAUCUUCGCUCCAU